GAGAGCAAGAUGCCGCUCUCUCUCGGUCGCCGACUUGUUGUGGAUCAAAUCGGUUGAAUCUGCACUUUGGACUUUCUCUUGGAUCUUUGAUUUCGAGCACUAUCAUCGUUACCAGUGAUACUAAAUCUCUCACAGCGAACGGUCUAUAAACUUUGAUCAGGAUGAUUAACACAGGAAAAUUGGCCGGACGGACCCUGUUCAUCACAGGAGCCUCGCGGGGAAUUGGCAAGGAGAUUGCCUUGAAGGCGGCUCGCGAUGGAGCCAACAUUGUGGUGGCGGCCAAGACGGCCGAGCCGCAUCCCAAACUACCGGGAACCAUCUACUCGGCGGCAGAGGAGAUCGAGAAGGCCGGAGGAAAGGCAUAUCCCUGCGUCGUGGACGUGCGCGAUGAGCAACAGGUGCGCAGCGCCGUGGAGGCGGCAGUGUCCAAGUUUGGGGGCAUCGAUAUCGUGAUCAACAACGCCAGCGCCAUCUCGCUGACCAACACCCCGAAUACGGACAUGAAGCGGUACGAUCUGAUGCACAACAUCAACACUCGCGGCACCUUCCUCGUGUCCAAGGAGUGCCUGCCGUACCUGAAGAAGAGCAAUCACGCCCACAUCCUUAACAUCUCUCCGCCGCUGAGCAUGAAGUCCAAGUGGUUUGGCCCACAUGUGGCCUAUACCAUGGCCAAGUACGGAAUGUCGAUGUGUGUGCUUGGUAUGGCCGAGGAGUUCCGGGACCAGGGAAUCGCUGUUAAUGCUCUGUGGCCCCGCACUGCCAUACAUACGGCGGCCAUUGAGAUGCUCACAGGCCCCGAUUCCGCCCAGUGGUCACGCAAGCCCGAGAUCAUGGCCGAUGCUGCCUACACCAUCCUGAGCCGCGAGCCCAGGCAGUUUAGCGGUCAGUUCUUCGUGGACGACGAGGUGCUGGAAUCGGUGGGAGUCACGGAUCUCACGAAUUACGCCUGCAUCCGCGAAAACGCCGACAAACUGAUGGUGGACUUCUUCGUGGAGGAGAAGGGAGCCCCGGUGGAGGAUGCCGCUCCGGCAGGAGGUGCUUCUGCUGCUCCGGCUGCUGGUGGAAGCGGAAAGAUACCCCAGCUUUUCCAGAAAAUCGAAUCUCUACUCUCCCCAGAGAUCGUCUCAAAGACGCAGGCCGUCUUUCAGUUUAACAUUAGCGGUGCCGAACAGGGAACCUGGUUCCUAGACCUGAAGAACGGCUCCGGUUCAUGCGGAUCCGGAACACCGCCCGCCGCUCCUGACGCCACACUGACCAUGAACUCAAACAACUUCUUCGACAUGUUCUCCGGAAAACUGAAGGCGGCUCCCGCCUACAUGACCGGCAAGCUGAAGAUCAGCGGUGACUUCCAAAAGGCCCUCAAGCUGGAGAAGCUAAUGAAGGCGCUUAAGUCCAAGCUGUAGGUGCAAUCAAUUUGCACAUAUUUCUAUUGUAUACAAACGUUUGAUUUAUUUUCCUAAUAAAGUAUGAGAUUCUUUUAAA